AUGUCGUAUAACCAUGUGCCGUCGAUUAAAAACUACUGGUCGAAUCAUAACUCAUUGAGCAAUGAAUCUAUAAAAUCAGCCAUACGACGUGAUCGUUUUGAGCAGAUAAUGUCUAAGCUAUAUUUUGCUCCAGUUGACAAGCGUGCAGAUGCAGGACAAACCUAUUGCAUUGACGAUUUCAUGAAUUGCUUGAAAACAACUUUCAAAGCCUGCCGGGAUGAUAGUAGCUUCCAAAGUAUCGAUGAACAAAUGACUAAAUUCAAAGGGCGUUCAUCACUCAAGCAAUAUAUGCCACUCAAGCCAGUAAAACGGGGCAUCAAAAUGUGGCCUCGCUGCGAUUCUUUGACUGGAUACACCUAUGACAUGAGUAUCUAUUGUGGAAAAGAAGGAUCUGUCCUUGAAGGGACACUCGGCGAACGAGUUGUGAAUGAUCUUGCAGCAACAAUUUCUAACCCUGACGUGACACUUUGCUUUGAUCGUUUUUUCACCACUGUUAAUCUUAUUAACAACAUACAAUAUCCAGCUUUGGGAACAUGA